AUAUACCCUCUUCAUACCAUAACCCACUAUACAAAACUACACACUCUAACUAGAAAGCAUGGAACUCCUAGAUAUCUUCUUACUCUUCUUUGCACCAAUCUUUCUCCUACUAUGGUGGCGACGAUUGUUCGUCACCACCAGAAAGGGCCCGGAGAAGGGAAACCUUCCCCCGGGCCCACCAGGGUGGCCUGUUGUUGGAAACCUCUUUCAGGUCAUCCUCCAACGUAGGCCUUUCAUGUACGUGGUCAGAGACCUACGAAAGGUAUACGGGCCAAUUUUUACCAUGAAGAUGGGUCAGAGGACGUUGGUCAUUCUCACAGAUGCAGAUCUCAUCCAUGAGGCUCUUGUUCAGCGGGGCGCGCUCUUCGCUAGCCGCCCCGCCGAGUCACCUACUCGCUUGGUUUUCAGCCUUGGAAAGUGUGCUAUCAACUCGGCGGAGUACGGCCCGUUAUGGCGGGCCCUAAGGAGGAACUUCGCCACCGAGGUGGUGGUGUCGGCACGGGUGAAGCAAUGCGGGUGGGUGAGGAAGUGGGCCAUAGAGAAUCAUAUGGGCCGGGUCAAGGAGGAAGCCCAAGAGAAAGGAUACGUAGAAGUUAUGAGCCAAUGUAGGCUCACUGUUUGUAGCAUAAUAAUAUGUCUUUGCUUUGGGGCCAAGUUAUCUGAAGAAUGGAUAAAAUCCAUAGAGAGUGUUCUUAAGGAAGUAAUGCUUAUGACUUUGCCGAAGCUUCCAGACUUUCUGCCCAUUCUAACCCCAUUGGUGGCCCGUGGGCAGCUUAAACGGGCCAAGGAGCUAAGGAGAAAACAAAUGGAGAUCCUUGGCCCCCUUGUGCAGGCCCGUAAGGGUUUUGUUGAGAGCGGUGGGUGCCCCAAUAGUGGCGAUCUUGAUAUGGCAAGCCCGGUUGGGGCAGCCUAUGUGGACUCUCUCUUGGGCCUUGACCCGCCCGGCAGGCCCGGCGGGCUUGGGGUGGAAGAGUUGGUGACUUUGUGCUCGGAGGUAAUUAAUGCUGGAACUGACACUAGCGCCACCGUCGUUGAGUGGGUCCUCCUACACCUUGUGUUAGACCAAAGGGUUCAACAGAAAUUGUACGAAGAAAUAGUAGACGUGGUAGGGAAAAAUGGAGUUGUUACUGAGGAUGACCUAGAGAAGAUGACCUAUCUCAACGCCAUCAUUAAAGAGACGAUGCGGCGACACCCGCCGAGCCACUUUCUUCUCUCCCAUGCCGCGACGGAGGACGCCGUCCUAGGCGGCUACACCAUCCCGAAAGACGCGAAUCUCGAGAUCUACACCGCGUGGGUGACACAAGACCCGGCCCAUUGGCCCAACCCGGAUGUGUUCCGGCCCGAGAGGUUCUUGCCCGGGGGAGAAGGGUACGAGGUGGACUGGACGGGCAACCGGGGGGUCCGGAUGCUUCCCUUUGGGGCGGGUAGGCGAAUAUGCCCGGCUUGGAGUUUGGGUACGUUGCAUGUGGGUUUAUUGCUUGCUAGGAUGGUGCAUGCUUUUCGUUGGGUUCCUAUUCCGGGUAGCCCGCCCGACCCGACUGAAACUUUUGCUUUUACUAUGGUGAUGAAGAACCCUCUCAAGGCUGGCAUAUUACCUAGGUGUUGAUCAUUAUGGUAUACGUUCCAAUAUUAAUUAUGGGUGAAUUAAUUUUCAAUUUGAAAUUGGUACGUUAUUUAAUUAGGAAGUACGUGUAGAAGUUAUUGUGUAAACCAUAGCUUAUAUUAAUGAUCGAGUAUGAUAAUAUUAUAGGCGGUUGCUUGAA